AUGUUCCAUUAUGUUGUUCACUUUUUGCUACUGUGUUUGCUCUCACAACACAGGUAUAAUGUCGCAGCAAAGCCAUUCCACUUUUCGGUAGGGAAACGACGCCCUACUAUUAAUUUAGACGACCCGCUAUCAUCCGAGGAAGUCUUGUUGAUCCAAAAGUCAUUGGUGCAUGGAAUCCCGUUCAAUGACCUUCCAGAAGGUCUGUUUGAGGAACUUGUGAAUUCGUGCAAGCGUGUGCUAUAUGCCAAAAACAGCGUCAUUUUCAAACAGGGAGACACCGAAACUGAUUUCCUGAUUGUCAUUCAGCACGGAAGGUGCAAGAUUUUGGUCCACGGCCAACCAUUGCCUGACCCCUAUGGAACCGCGAGGCCUGGGAGCAUGAUUGGGGAACUGGCGUUGUUGUAUAAUAAGCAACGUUCCGCCACAGUGGUCGCUGCCACUCAAGUCUCGGCCUUUCGAUUGGACCGUGAGUCCUUUGCCAAAUUCAUGGCCUAUGUGACACCAGAAGACGAGCAGCUCCUGAAAGACGAAUUGCAAGAGGUGGACCACGUGAUUGAUAAGGUAUCAGGAGUCAAGAAACGAUAUGUCGAUGGUCACAUUGUUCGGCAGUUCGUACCCAUGCGGGCUUGGCUCUGGUCAAGGUGGAAAGGAACCAUUCCUCAAGUGGUAUGGAAGACGGUCCUCGUGAAUGUUCUUGUGUCCCUGGGGGUUUCAAAAGUGAUUCACAAUUAUUCUCACCCAAACUGGGCCAUUGGAAUGCUGCCGGACUCGCAAAAUCACAUCAUCUCACGACUAAUUGGGCUCCGGGUGGUAUGGACCUACCUAAUGACCAUUACCACAUUCAUUCUGACCUUUUUCUUGAGUCAGGCAUAUUCCUUGUGGCGAGACUUUUACUCCCUGACCCGACAAAUUCAAGGUCGCAUGAACGAUUUGGGACUCUUGAUUGCAGCCGCCGCGACACGUGACAAGAAUGGAAUGUAUACGGCCGAAGCCAAACAGCUUAUUGACGACACUAGUUCGUACAUGAGACUCUUUCACAUUCUAAUGUGGGCCACCUUUUCCAAACGAUUGAAGAUUCUCCUCAGUGAUACUGGUUUGCGGAGAAUGAUUAGCCGUGGCCUCUUGAGUCUGAAGGAGUAUGAAACCUUAAAAUUAUUGCCGGCACAAGUCGGUUACCCCAAUGCCUGCACGAUUUGGAUUUUGACCAGAUGUUUGCAGGCCAUGAAGGAUGGUUCGCUGGAAAAUGAUCCUGUUUUAAGAGAACAAAUUUAUAUCAAAAUUUUGGAACUGAGGUCGACCUGUGCCGGCAUUCCACAUUUGCUGGCAGCUGUGAUCCCGCUUGCCUACGCACACAUUGUUCAAAUAUUGGUGGAUAUCUUUAUAUUCUUGUCGCCCUUUGCCUUGUACAGCGAAGUGGGGGUUUGGAGCACACCGGCAGUUGCCUUGUUGACCAUCUUUUACAGCGGGCUCUUGGAUCUAUCCAAACUAUUGCUCGAUCCGCUGGAUAAUGAUGAUUUCUACAAUGAUAGUGUGAACAUGGACAUUCCUGUGCUUAUUCGAGAAUCCAAUUCAGGUUCAACAAGGUGGAGUCAAGGAGCUCAGUGCCUUCCUUUUUAA